AUGAGUGAAAAUGGAUAUCCGAAGUAUAAUGCGAUUUUGAAGAAUAAUAAACCAAUCAUAAUGGAGCGGAAGAGUCUCCUUAGUCCUUGGGUCAACAUCACACAUCUGCGGUACAAUAUUGAGAAGUUACUAUUUCUGGAUAAUAACAGAGAUUUUAAUUACCUCCAAUGUGUAGUAGAAUUGUACGAGUUAAUCCUCGUAAUGGAACUCAGAUCCAACUGUAAAAGGAUCAGAUUUGACGGGAAAUUAGUCUGGCACAUUACAAAACGGAAUAAUUUUCCCAAAUACUUACUAUUUGACCUGGAAAAUAAUAAUAUUUUUCUGUUACUCCGGGAUUCAGAACUGAGGAAAUUGGACUUACCCGGGGACAACCGCAAUACCAACUCUAUCGACCGAAAACUCAUCGAAGACAUUAAAAGAAAGCUUAAUAAAGGAAUUAAACAAACUAAACAACGCGAAAUCUGCCCUAAACCAAUCCCAACACACGAUAAUCUCAGUCACUCAGAACACACAGAAUCCACACCAAACUUUUCUCCAGUAAGUCACUCUACAAUUAACUCUAGAAGUGAAUCUGCAAGUGAAUCUCCACUAAGUGUUUCUACGGUAGAUGACUUAAUGUCUGAGAAUAGUAUUGUGGAAAGUUGUAAAAUGUGUGAAUCAUUGGAGGAGUUGUUUUUGGUGCGAAUUGACGUGAUGCGUGAGAGUUUCAGGAACAUAAUUAACCAUUUACUAGGCCUUGACGGUCAAGUUAUCAGGGGAAAUGGCUAUAAAUUACUAAUUUCUGGCUACAAUUUUUAUUAUAAUUUUGAUCCGAAUGUCAUUUGUGAUGAGAUAAAACACUGUGAAACUGUGCUUUACAGAGCUAAACCAGGUAAAUACCCGAAAUCCUUAAUUUUCUACAAAAAACUUAACCUUACGAUUGUUGAGUUUGAGGAUAAAUUCUCGUUAUUCUCAGUUAAGUAUGGUGAAUUUACUGUGGAACACUGUGAAAUCCCGCCAAUUAAGUUAUAUUUCAGACACUCAAACGGCGAGUUCAUUCCACUCACCAGUGACCAAUACAGUGUCAAACUAAGUAUCAUUGGUGGGUUGCAAUUUGUCUUUACAGUAUCUGAGGGUACCAAGUGCACAAUGGUCAGGAUGGGAUUUGAGCUGGUGUGGAUGAUGCGAAAGAGUACCAGAAACAAAUCCGACACUAUAAAGAAAGUAAUUUACAAUUUAACUGAUAAAACUAUUUCAAUCCUGACUGAUACUUUGUUCAAAUGUGUUGAAGCUAAUGGUAACUGGUAUGUAAGAUACAAGGAGUUAUCUCACAUUACACAUUACACAGAGGAAAGGGGUAAUUUAGUUUUAAUUGACAGAAAUGAGUUAAUUAUCACUUCAAGUUCCAGGGGUAAGUAUUUAAUCAACUAUGAAACCGGUAUGAGAUGUGUCCAAAUUAGGCACUACGACAGGGUAAUCUGGACCAAAAAAAUCAAUGAAACUUAUCCAAAAGGCUUAGAAUACAAAGUCAUGACAAAGAGUAAAAAGUUUAUACUCCAAUUUGAAGAUAAGUUUGUCGUGUCCACACUGGAACAAGGUGAACUAACUGAGAAGGAGUACAAAUUACCUGAGCUUGGACUUUAUACGCGUAAUGGUCAAACUGGCACCGGAGUUAAGCUAAACAAAUCAGAUUUUACUGUGAAAUUGGACAUUUUCAAGGAUCCGAAAUUCAUAUAUUCGACCAAUUUCGGGGUUAAAUUCUACGGCCUCAGCUAUAUGAACGAGUUAUUUAUAUACCUGAAACCCGGCCAAAACAGCUUUUUACACGUCAUAUGUAGCCAGAACAGGGAACUGCAAGUAAUUUUCAAGGAUAAAAUUACCCUAUUCAAAUACAUUAAAGACGAGUGGAAAGAGAAAGUAUACCUCAUUCCGAGGGAAAUUACCCUGUACACUAGGAAUCCAGAAGGUGCCACUGUGUUAUUGGAUACGGGCGAUUACAGAGUUGAGUUACGAGAUUUGAGAAGAUUAAAGUAUAUAAUAAAUGAUAAUGUAAGUUGCAGUGAGUUGAGAUAUGAAGAUGAUGUGAUUUGGACCUGCGGAACUGGUGAUAAAUUUAUUAAUUCGCUUUACGUUAACAAGAGAAAUAUCACAAUUAACACAGGAACUAAAAUUAUACACUACAAGUUAAAUUAUAAAGGGAAAUGGACACAAUGCUAA